AUGACAGAGGUGGGCAUGGCUGCUGAGACUAAAGAUAUCUACCGGAAAAGCAGUUGGGACCCUUGGCAGGAGUGGACGGACGAGGAGAUCGGAGUCGCUGGAAGACCAUCUCAAGCUUCAGCCAAAUACGCGCUCAUUGUCCGUCGUGAGAAGGAACAUGGUGAAAUUGAUGAAUCAGUUCUCUCCCUGCAUUCUAUCACAGUGCAGAGUCCACUGCUCAAAAAGAUUCUCGGUCCGGUUUUCAAGGGUUACAAGGGUAUCAACACCAACCUCAAGAAGCUCGAAUUCCAUGCGCCUUUUCGAGAGUUUUUCUAUAGAUGGGAGGAAUUUAAUCAAGCAGACCCAAGGAAAGAUUCAACCGAAGCCUCUGAGGAGUGUUUGCAUUACAAGCUUCUGGCAGAUAUCAUUCAUGCCGAGAUCAAGCCGCGUAUCGAACAAGCCACGGAUCUUCUCGAUAAUGGCGUUAUAUCGUUUGAUUAUGUGUGGACACUUUUUGAGCCUGACGUCGAAGUCUACACUAAGAUCGAAGGUCGUGAUAGGCUGUUUAAGUUGCUCACUGGUAAUUAUUCCAAGACACCAGAAGGAACGGUGGCAUACGUGCUCAGCGUGCGGUUUAUCGACACCGAUGGAGAUACCUUCGGGUACACAGAAACAAGCUUGACCAUAUUACCUUUUGAGAACGUCAUGCCAAUCUUGGAGCUAGCGGUUAUUCCGGCACGUCUGUGCCCCGAUUUUGAUCAAGUCAGGGAACGACUCGUCCAGCGUGGUCGACUAUUUGAGAGCUUGCAAGGGAUCAACCACAAGAUGUAUUCUGGAUUAUUCGAUGUUGAGCUUGUCAAAGACGUGAUAUGGAGCUCGACUGCCUUUGAUCAACUAGUGCUGCCGCAUGAUUACAAACGAAUUAUCCAGGCAUUUGUUGGUGCUCAGAUGUCUGGCUUAGACAACUUUGAUGAUGUGAUCAAAGGAAAAGGACGGGGAAUAAUCAUGCUUCUGAGCGGAGAGCCAGGAACUGGGAAAACCCUUACAGCAGAAUCUGUUUCCGAGAUCAUGCAAAGGCCACUUUACAAUAUGAGUGCUGCCGAAUUGGGUGAUGUUGCACAAGAAGUUGAGCAGAAGCUAGACUGUGCUCUCGAGCUCUCAACGAGAUGGGGAGCAGUCCUCCUGCUUGACGAGUGCGAUGUCUUUCUUGAAUGUCGAACUACCUCGGAUAUCAAACGAAACAAACUCGUCUCGAUUUUCCUCCGACUUCUCGAAUACUUUGAGGGUGUCAUGUUUCUGACGACCAACCGAGUCUCGGCGUUUGAUCCGGCCUUUGAGUCUCGAAUUCAUCUCACUAUUCACUAUCCCAAUCUGGAUUAUACGAGUAGACUACACAUCUGGAAGAAAUUUGUGAAUAGUAGCAACGAUGGGAGUAGUCUUUCCAAAGGUGAGCUGGACGAGCUAGCUGGUGUCGAGCUUAAUGGGAGGCAGAUAAAGAAUGUGGUCAAGACGGCAAGACUCCUUGCAACGCAUGAGAAGACUCAACUGGCUAUGGGUCAUAUCAGCACGGUUCUGAGGAUCAAGAAAGGGCUAGCAGGAGGGUCGUGGUGA